CGAGCGGAAGGCUGCGUCUGAACCUGCCACAUCUGCUGCUGGGGCACUUUCACAACCAUUCACUCAUGUGUGUCCGCUUUUACUGUGUCUGCCGAGGCUGUGGGACCGGGCGCUUCUCCACGGGAAAGUAAAUCUGCAAAUCAACAUGCGCAGAGGUGGAUUAAAGCGAGGCGACACGCAUCCAGCUGCUGCCUCUGCUAGCUCGCUCGGAGUUAGCCGCGUUGGGAUCCGAGCUAACCCCUGCUAGCCCGCUGUCUGCCUACCUCCUCCUGAUAACCCAGCCGUGUCUGUAGCUGGUUACGUGCAUCUUUUUAUCUUACAUGGACAAAAUGGAGCUGUUUCAAGCCAAGGAUCAGUACAUUCUCCAGAGCGGGGAUCGUGCUCUCUGGUGCAGCCGAAAAGAUGGGACCAUGGCGCUCAGACCUGCCACGGACCUGCUUUUGGCCUGGAACCCUGUGUGUAUGGGGAUAGUCGAGGGCAUUAUAGGAAAAAUACAGCUUCAUGCAGAUCUCCCUUUGGGCCUGGUUUUGAUCCGACAGAAAGCUCUGGUUGGACAUCUCCCGCCUGACAACCACAAAGUCUACAAAAUCACCAAAAUCGCCGUCAUUCCACUGUCCGACGAAGAACCCCAAGAACUCGAAUUAGAGCUCUGUAAAAAACAUCACUUUGGCAUCGACAAACCAGAGAAACUGGCCCAGUCUCCAGAUGACUCCAAGUUUCUGAUGAAAACUUUGAGUCAGAUUAAAUCUAAUGUCGGUGGCCCCAUCAAGAAAAAGUAUUCCCCUGCGUUUCAGGUGAAGGAGAACAAAGAGAAGGAGCGUUUGGAGCGACGGCUGCUCGAUGAACUGUACAAGAUAUUUAUGGACUCAGACUCGUUCUACUUCAGUUUGACCUAUGACCUCACCAACAGUGUUCAGAGGCAGGGGGAGGCGGAGACCACCGGACUGCCCUUGUGGAAGAGGGUGGAUGAUCGAUUUUUCUGGAACAAACACAUGAUUCAAGACCUUAUUGACCUUAAGGUUCCAGAUGUGGAUUUCUGGGUAAUUCCAGUUAUUCAAGGGUUUGUCCAGGUGGAGGAACUAGUGGUGAAUUAUAACGAGACUUCAGAUGAGGAGCGCAGCAGUCCGGACACGCCUCCACAGGAAGUGAUAUGUGUCGACGACAUUCACCCGCGAUUCACUGUGGCGCUGAUCUCACGACGCAGCCGACACAGAGCAGGGAUGCGUUACAAGCGUCGCGGUGUGGACACAGAGGGACAUGUAGCGAACUACGUGGAGACGGAGCAGCUGAUCCACGUCCACAGUCACACUCUGUCCUUUGUCCAGACCAGAGGAUCUGUCCCUGUGUUCUGGAGCCAGGCCGGAUACCGCUACAACCCCAGACCGCGCCUCGAGAAAGGAGAAAAGGAGACCAUGCCUUAUUUUGCAUCCCAUUUUGAAGAACAGCUGAAACUCUACAAGAAACAAGUCAUUAUUAACUUGGUGGAUCAAGGCGGACGUGAGAAAAUCAUCGGUGACGCAUACCUGAAGCAAGUGCUACUGUUCAACAAUCCAAACCUCACCUACGUCUCAUUCGACUUUCAUGAGCACUGCCGCGGUAUGAGGUUUGAAAAUGUGCAGAUUUUGACAGAUGCAAUUUCUGAUAUCGUCACUGACAUGAAGUGGGCCUGGGUGGACCAGGCGGGAGUGAUCUGCAAACAGGAGGGCAUCUUCAGGGUUAACUGUAUGGACUGUUUGGACAGGACCAAUGUGGUACAGGCUGCUUUUGCACGAGUUGUGAUGGAGCAGCAGUUGAAGAAGUUGGGAGUGAUGCCUCCAGAGCAGCCGCUGCCUCUGAAGUGCUACAGGAUUUAUCAGGUCAUGUGGGCGAACAACGGAGACACCAUCAGCAGACAGUACGCAGGCACAGCAGCACUCAAGGGUGACUUUACCAGGACAGGGGAGAGGAAACUGGCUGGAGUCAUGAAGGACGGCGUGAACUCGGCGAAUCGUUAUUAUCUCAAUCGAUUCAGGGACGCGUACAGACAGGCUGUCAUUGACCUGAUGAUGGGUUUGCCUGUGACCGAGGACCUGUACUCCAUCUUCAGUAAAGAGAAAGAGCACGAGGAGAAAGAGAAGGAGAGUCAGAGAGGAGCACAGGAGCAGGUCAGUCUCCUGUUGCAGACCUACAUGCAGCUGCUGCUCCUGGAUGACGAGAGGUUCCACGGAGGAUGGGCGCUCAUUAACUGUGACAUGAGUCUCAUUGAUGCAAACAACAAAGAUGUGGAUGUGCUGCUGCUCCUGUCGGACAAGGCCUAUUACAUCGCUUAUUAUGAUGAGGAGGCGGACAAAGUGAACCAGUACCAGCGCCUGAAGUUGGAGGGUUUGGAGAAAAUAGAAAUCGGUCCAGAGCCGACUCUGUUUGGUAGACCCAAGUACUGCUGUAUGCGCCUCCACUACAGAAAUGAAGAUGUGAGUGGGUACUUUCACACACUAAGAGCUGCAACCAGAAACCCGGAGGAUGAUGGCAAAGAUACACUCCAAUGCAUAGCUGAGAUGCUCCGGAUAACAAAACAAGCCAUAGGGAUGGACUUGUAUGUGGUGGAAAAGAAAUUGGAGAGGCGUCAGAGCAGACCUCACGAGGACAUCAUGGGGAUCCAAAACAAAGGCGCAGACCAGUCCCAGGGCAGCUCCGGUCUGGCUCAGGGGAAGAGCUUCCUCCUCAACAAGUUUUCAUCUUUAAAUCAAAAAGUGAAACAAACCAAAACUAACAUCGGACCAUUUAAACCUUUGGGAAAAUUUGGCACCUUGACCAAACCUGACGUCACAGUGAAUUUCUUGAAGCCAAAUAUGCACGUGACCCUUUGGAAGUCUGACAGCAGCUUGGAAACUUCGGACAGUAAUCCAGGGACGACUCACAAGGAUUUGGUUGGCAAUCAUUCGGAGAUCUCGUCAGAUUCAGACUCCUAUAACUCUGAUCCUGAACACUGCACCGAAACUCUGGAAAACAGGGACUAUGUUUUGCCUAGCUGCGGCAUUGUAGCAUCUAACCCGCGUUUAGGCAGCAGGUCCCAAUCGAUCGGGAGUGUAGAGCUUAAUAUCCCAUCUGCGAUCCGAGUGACUGGGUGUGACGGAAAACAAGAAGACAAUUUGAAUAUUCCAGAGGAUAAAUCGCCUGGCUCUGCUUCUGUUGCCGAAGAGGCGCUGCUCAUUGAUUUCGGGACACCCAUUGAUGCCUACUGCCACCAAUUUGUCCAGGACGCACAGACGAUACCAGUGGAGGUGUUUGGGGAGCGCCCUCUAGUGGUGAACCCAGUGCCUGCCCCAAGUUCGGACUCUAAUAAACUCAAAUCGGAAGUACCGCCCCAGGAACCCCAGCCUCCUCGCCCCUCCCAACUCGACGUGCAGUCCUCUACCUCCUCUGGCACAGGGCUCUCAGUGCAGAAACCAUCCUCUGCGGUUUCGGGGGGGUCCCAGCGUAGCCUGUCCUCUGUGAUGGAGGGCAGCUUGGGACCCUCACCCGCCGACAGCAACGGCAGCAGAGUGGUCUCGCCCUUUGCCAAAAUCAAGAGCUCUAUGGUGCAGGUGGCCAGUCUGACGCAGGCUGGGCUCACGCAGGGGAUCAACUACGCGGUGGCGAAGGUCCAGAAAAGUCCAGAUCCAGAUUCAGUCAAUGAGGCCCAAGAGAACGAGCUGCAGGCCAUGUUCACACAGUGCCAGACCAGGAUUAUACAGAUUUAAAUUGGAUCUGAACUAGGUCGAAACUAGGUCUGAAAUGGGUCUGAAUUAGGUCUGAACUAGGCCUGAAUCAGAUCUAAACUGGAUCUACACCUGGUCUGAACUAGGUCUGAAUUAGGUCCGAACUAGGCCUGAAACAGAUCUAAACUGGGUCUACACCUGGUCUGAACUAGGUCUGAGCCGGGUCUGAACCAGGUCUAGACCAGGAUCCCAGCCGGUUCUCUGUAGCAGCGUGUGUGUCCCGUCUGUCUGAUAGCAGUAGCAGCAGGUUGCAAACAGUCACCGCAGUGACGUUUAAAGCCCUUUAGUGAAACCUGCCCUCUCCUGUUUAGAAACACAAUUGUGCUUUAUAUUUUAAUACAGAGUCAGAUCGUGUUUACAUGCACAAAAAACAUAGGGGUAUUAGUUCAGCAAAGUAUUUGCCAUCACAGUAAUCUAUCCUGAAUUCUGUGUCAUGUUUUAGAGAUCUAUACAAUAAUGAGUCAACAUUGUCCAUCGAGUUGGCUUAACUUUAAAGUUUGAAGUGCUUUGAGUUUAGUGAAUCAUCUCUACACACUUAAACCGAGAAAGCCAUUAUUCUACGCAGGUCAAGAUUAUUCAGGCUUCAGAAAAACAAAUAUGUUUGCUUCACCUUUUAUCAGGUUUACUGGCAUCUAAGAGCCAUCAACAAACUUUUCUAUAGUGUGAAUAAAUAAACACAGCACAAUUUUAGCCAAAGAUAUUACACUUUCAAAGCAGCAUGAAGGCAAUCAAUUUAAGCAUUUAUCUACAAGGGAUGUAACAAUAACCAAACUAUUGUGAUACCGUAUCGUCAGAUGUUGCAAUAUAUCAAACUACAUGCUCAUUUGCUUAAAAGUGUUGUUUUGUUACAGCUAGAAACGCAGAUCAUGAUGCUUUUGGUCUGAUUCAGUGCAGACAACAUGCUUACUUCUUGGAAUAUUACCGUAAAGAUCUGAAGUAUUGUCAAGGCAUUUUUAAAAGCAAAAAGAAGCAUAUCAGCAAUUCAACCUGGACAGACUCACAGACAAAAAGAGAAAAAUUUUAGUAAGCGUCAUUGUAUGAGUUCUCUCAGACUCCGGUCAGAUGACAUUGCAAUGAAGGAAAUGGCCUUUCAGUGAUGUUUAGGUAAACUCCGGAGAAGUGAUGAAGCAGAUGAGGGAGCAGUUACGUCUUCCAGGCUGAAUUUGUGCUCGCUCAUUAAAAUAUCUAAGUAAAUAUCGUACCGUGAAAUGAAUAUCGUGAUAAUAUUGUACAGAGAGAUUUGGAUCUUGUUACAUGCCUGUUCUUUACCAAGAGAAGGUGAUAUUUCUUGGCUCACUUUCUUCUGUUUUAUCUUUUUUAACCUGAAUAUUUAAAUAGCGUUCUGUCCCGUUAUCUAAACUCCUUUUAACCAAUGGGACACAACUUUUUGCAGAGUAUUUUUGUGCAUGUAAACACGUUUCGAUGGCGAUCCUUCAGUUACGAACCUUCCAACGGGAAUAUUUGCUGCAUGUUGACAGACUAAUUCUAACGUUGUCAUCUGUUUGUUCAGGCCUUUAACUGACAUUUGUGAUAUAGUUUGUACCUGGUGUUGUAGAAAAAAAACAACCAAAUAUCCCCAAAGGAAACUGUAGACUGUAAACUAACUAAGAGACGAACUGUAGUUAAUUGAUACUUUUCCGUGACGUCACGCUGGGGGUGUUCUGCAUUUAUGUUUAUGGAGAAAUGUUCAGCAGUUCAAGCAAAAUGACACAAUGCACAUAUUUGCAAACACAGUCAAAAAAGCUUUAAAAUGGUCUGAAAAAUCUAUUGCAAAAUGGAUUUAAACAGCACAUUUUCAGGAGCCUGUGAUCAAUACGAGCGUUCAUCAGGGUUCCCACGGUCAUGAAAGUUCUGGAAAUGUCAUGGAAAUUGAAAAUGUCAUUUUCCAGGCCUAGAAAAGUCAUGGAAUUUUGUAAAUUCAGUGAAAGUUUUGGAAAAGUCAUGGAGUUUUAUUUUUUAUCUCUUUCGCACAACUAAAGCAUUCUGUUAAGUUAUCAUUAGGCUAUUAUGAUUAUUUCCGUUUUUUUCCGUAUUUUGUUUAAAAGAGAUAAUAAAUGAUGUAUUUUGUAUUUUGAAUGUUAAAAAAAAAAACUAUAAUACCAAACCAUAAGGUGAGUGGAAAGGGUUAACAUUUUAUAUUUAGCCCUAAAAGUCUGAUCAAUUCUACACAUGUAGAGCGCUGUAAAGUCAUGGAAAAUUCACUGUAGGUCAUGAAAAAGUCAUGGAAAAGUGAAAUUUUGUCAGUGAAAAAGAGUGGGAACCCUGGUUCAUGGUCUUGUUUAGUUUGAUUUUCAUCUAAAAAGUGAGACGCUGGUUAAAGUGUGACUGUAAUUUUAUUUAUUUUUAUUUUAUUUUAUUAUUAUUCAACAGCAUAAAUCAGCUGCUGUAGUUUUCAUCUUUUUCUGGUUAGAUUGUGUUAAACGAUUGAUUUGAUUGAUUAAUUUAUUUCGGUCACAGUUAUAUCCACAUAUUUACCAUACACCGACGAAAAAGGUGUAGGCUGAAGCUUGAGUUUAUUAUGUCUACCCUUUAAUCUUACCCAAACGGCUCAGAUUAAAGUCUAAUUUGACUAACAGAGCUUCAGACAGAGCAGUGCCUACAGUCCGCAUCGCACCCCCAGAGGAAUUUUGAUGACGUCGGUUGCAAAGUAUCAAUAUCAAUGUUGUAAUGUACCAUAGGAGAUAUCAAUUAUAGAUAUAUUACUACUCAAAUAUUAGUAUGUGGGUGUCGAGUGUACAGUGAGUAUUGUAUGUCCUUGUUCCCUGAUAGAGCCUUGCCCCUGCUUUUGUAUCGGUGGUAAGGUUGUAUUUUAACAAUUCCUAGCGCUGUUCAAAUCAUGUGUAGCCAGAAAACUACUGGUUAGUUUGGUUAAAUAACUAAUAUAUCAAUGUUUAUUAAUAAUCUAAUGAGGGUUUGUGAAGCCAGCCAGCGUUUUAACCUUAACGUUGCAUGCUGCAUAAGACGGGAGCGUAGCAUAUACUAGAAAUAUAUGCAAUUAUUAUUAUUAUUAUUAGAUUACAAUAGUGAGACAAAUGCUUUAUGCACUCCCCAAACUGAAGCUUAUUUGCCUUAAACAGGGAACGGUGGGGUUAUGUAUAUCAGGUAUUUAUGGCAAAAUCUACCUUUUUAAGUCUGUUGUUACAUGUUACAUUUGUACUGUGUAAAUAUAUUAUUAUUAUUCAGGGUUACUGUAGAUCACUCCCCUCUGGCCUGGGAUAUUUCACUGCAAACAAGGAAUUUUAUCUGGAUUUUUUUAGAGACUGAAAGGACUUCUUUAAUGAUUAAGCGGGGUAAAAAGUCAUGGCAUGUCGAUAUUGUUUGUAAGAAAGCUUAAAGAGCAUUUUGCGAGUUAUUCUGGCUUGUUUAUGCAAAGUUGUGCAUUCGUAUUUGUUUGGUGAAUAGUUAAUGACAAAUACACACAUGUUACAAUAGCUACAAGAAAAAAAAAUCACAUUGACUCAUUGAAAUUGACUUAAAAAUAGCUAUUGAAUUUAAUAUUAAUCUGCACUUCACCUAAGGAGAUGUUACAUGUCCUUUUUUUUUUUCUAUCUCAUUUAGUAGAGGUGGGGACUUGCAAGUCAUGACUUGGGUCACUAUUUUUAGGACUUGAGACUUGACUUGAUGAAAUGGACUAAGACUUGGGACUCGACUUGGACUUGAGGCUUGUGACUUGAGGCUUGUGACUUGAGAAGACUUGAUGCUUCUCCUAAAAAUAUAUGUUUUUAGAAAAUACUUUUCUCUUUACAGUUGAUAAAUGCAGUGCUCAAUUUGACAGGAAGAAACUGAACAUGUUACUCCCACUUCUUUAUUUGUUACUAUGGCAACAGUAACUGAAGUACUGUGAUGUGGUAUCAUCAAAUGUACUACAGUAAUAUACAGUACAAUGCAAUAAAACAGAGAGAACAACAAAGAGCAUGAUCCUUCCAUUUCAGUGCAGACGACAUGACAAAAUAACGGUUAUUUAGCACUUUUAAAUCUGAAUUAUUUCUGUUCUGACUGUAAUCAUUCACACUAAGAUCUUGUCAAGACAUUUAAAAAGGAAAUAUUUGCAUUUCUACAGCUCUUAUUUAAAUAUUCAUAGAAAUAUACCAAGAAUUUUUAAGUACAAUUUAGUUUAAAAUUCAUAUAAAUUGCAAAAAUGUAAGAUAUAUUUGGUACUUUUUUGGCUUAAAGACUUGAAAUGACUUGAAGCUCAAAGCAGAUGACUUGGACUUGACUUGGACUUAUGGACCAGUGACUUGAGAUCCGACUUGGACUUGCCUGUAUUUGACUUGGGACUCGACUCGUCAAAGACUUGAGACUUGCAAAACAACGACUUGGUCCCACCUCUGUCAUUUAGUAUAAUGAAACUAAAUCAUAACCAGAAAAGAUAAAAUGACUCACUUUACUUUGAAUUAAGUGAUGAAUAAUUACUUAGAUUUAAAUAGUUUUAGACUAAAAUAUGUACUGUAAAUAGUACAUAGUUCACUCAUACAUAACAACUUAAUAAUUUUUACGAACUCCAUGUCAGUGUGAUGUGUUGAUUAUAUAAAACUUAACCUAAACAAGUUAAUGCUUAGUGUAAUGUGGCAUUUUGCAGUUGUCUGUGAACAUAUACAAUAUACUAUAAUAUGUAAUUUGUCUGUAGCUCACUCGUACAGAACAACGUAACAAUAUAAAUAAAACUGCUAAUGUCCAUGUGAUUGUGUUGACAGCUUAAAACCCAAUGUAAAAGUUUGAAUUAUUACUAAGAUUUCUAGAAUAAUUGUUGCUUUUUGAAGUCCUCUAUAAGGAAAAAUACAAAAUAUUCUAUGUAAAUUGCCGUAUAUUGUUGUUAAAAUGCCUUGGCCUUGGUUUAAGUGUAAAUAUCCCAGAUGGAGGGCCACACAUUUCUUAUUUUGGUUUUUAUCGUGUUCACUGCAUUUGUCACCAGCAAAGGAGGUGUGGGGCUGAAAGAGAUGUAUAUUUGUAGUUAUUGGAGUUGGCUGCUGUAUCAUGUAAACUGCUGACAGUGUGUGGUGCUGCCAAAGCUACGAGGGUGGUUUUAACUUUAUAAUUACCACAAAACAGUUCUCCAGAAAUGUCCUUAAAGUGCAUAUGACAGGUUUGAGUCCUCAUUUCACUAAUGCAUAGCUAGAAUUGUAUAGUUUUCAAUAGUUUGACAUUGUUUUAUUAUUUAUGUUUAUCAUUUCACUUUUUGUUUGGACAUGGGCAGCAGAUACAGAGCAGAUAAGACGCAAUUUUUACCUAUUAACCAUGGACCAAAACGUCUUUAUAGUUAUGAUUAGACUAAUGCAACAUGUUGAUAAAUUAAUGAUUAAACUGCCAGAAAAAAGUGUUCCUUGCGUGUAAAUUUUCCCUGCAGUUUGGUUGGAAUUUUGUGUGUUUUAGAGGAACUCAGCCUUACUUUAAUGUAUUUUAGAUUUACAAAAAUGUCCACAAACUGCCAAUUAACUUAUACAAAGCGAAAUAUUUACUACAAACCCUAUCCCACCAAACCAAGAAACCAAGAAAAACCUGAAAACCUGUCGUAUGCACUUAAAAAUAACUCCUAAACAAACUUCUAACCGACCUCAACAAACUUAAUCUUGAACAUUCCUGGUUAAGACGGCCGCUGAUAUUGCUGAUUAUGUUUUCUAAAGCUGUGGGUGUAGUUCGUGUUGCUCUGUGCAUUUGCUGGGUGAAUUUUCCUUCUGUUUUUGACACCAAGUGCUUUUGUAACUAACCACCUUUUAUUAUUUUUCCUCUGUGGUUGUUAUAGGAUCAAUGGACGCAUAAUCUGAGACGCUUCAUUGGCUACUUCAUCGAAUUUUCACUCACAAUGCAGGUAUUUGAUGCAUUAAUAAGUCAUAGGAAUAAAAAGUUGUAUUUAAUUAGGCUGUUGAGCAUGGAAUCGUAACCUUUGCAAAGUUUGUUGGUAAUUAUCAAUGCGAAAUACUCAUGAGUUUCUAUGUGGACGACAGCGCGAGGUUAAAUAUACACAAAUUUGGUCCAUGGAUUAUUUUUGGCAAUUUAUUUUAUCGUUUCACUCCAAAACGUGACACUCCAAACUCUGGCCCAUUUAAUAUUACUGUCAAAAUAUAUAUAUUUAUUUUAAAAAUGCUCAAAAUAAUCUUACACAUACCUUGAUUUCAAAUGUAAAUUUCUUAACACGUGUAUGGAAGAUGAUUUGUUCAAUCAGAUUUAGAUUUUUAAAUACCGCUGAAUUUGUCACUUUGAAUUUUUUUUAAUCUGAAAAAAGAAGUGAAUUGAUUUUAAUCUGAAUUUUAGUUGCUGAAAUUUUAAGUAUACUUUUUCAAUAUAUUUCAAAUUCAGAAUAAAAAUUUCACCUUUUAAAUAUUCAGCACCGAUAUUUUCAAGCCCUUAGAUUCUAAAGUUAAAAUUCAGAGAGUUAAGAAAUUUUUCACUGCGAAUUUUACAAAGAUCCAAGAUACCAAGGCAGAAGCAAUAGAUUAUAAGUGAGUAAGGAGGACAGAGGUUAUUUCCAUUUAAGGGGUUUACACUUAAGAAAUAAAAGAGAUGAGGUUUUGAUGAGGAUAAUUCUGACCCAUCACACUGCUUCACCGCAUCAAUUCCUGCUUGUUACUAAGUUAGAUUCGGUUCACUUUGAAUUGAUUGCUUCAACCUUGGCAUCUUGGAUCUUUCCUGCAGAUUUUGCUCUCUAAAAUUCAAAAUAAAAAAUCCACCUUUUAAAUAUUCAGCACAAAUAUAUUCAAGCCCUCAAAUUCAACUGUCAAAAUUCAAACAGUUUGAAAAUGUACACUUAAAAUCUCAGCAACUAAAGUUCAGAGUAAAAAUAAUUCAAACAUUCAAAGGGAACAAUUUAAAAUUCAAAAUCUGAUGAAAUUAUCUUCCAUACAAGUGCCGUGAUUAACAACAUUCCCGCUAUUACAGCCAUGUUUUGCGCUGUGAUUAUUUUAACAGGUCUUCAUUUUUCUGCUGCUGAAAAUGCGUCUCAUAUUAAAGUGUCCAUUGAUCUCCGUCGAAGAUCCUUGUUUACGACUCGGGUUCGUGAGUUUCUGGUCUGAAGUUUAUUUUGCACUGAGCACAUCGUCGAUCCUGUUCUGACUGUUGUCCUGGUUUUACACAUUGUAUUGAGAUUGUAUUGUAUAUUAAAGUAUCCUAUUUAUUCUUAUCCUCUUUGGGCGUGUUACUUGAGAAAAGUGCACUGUACACUUUUGUCUAGGAUUAUUCCGUUGGAAUAAAAUGUAUAAAU